AUGGAUUGGCUACCAGAGCAUCCACUAAACUUCAUGAAAAGACAAUGGGAGCCCUAUAGCAAGUCCAAGAAGGCAAAGAAAGCAAAGUUAGGAGAAUCCUCUGGGUCAAGACCCCCAGUCCCUCUGGUCCACUCUCCAAGUAAGUCUAUACCUCUAUCCCACUCUGUAAAACUUAAGUUUGUUGCUUCUUCUCUUCCCCAAACCACUCCAAUCUACACCUCAUUUGAAACACCCCCCUCAACCACCAGAACCUCUAACCCACCUUCUCUAAAAUUCAACCUUGCUACCACCACACUACCUAUUUCUGAAGCAGAAAUGCUGAAUGAAACUACCUCACCUUCCUCAUCAUCCUCACCUCAAUCUCCACCAUACUAUGUCCUUUCCUCUAACAACGAACCCUCUGACCCCCAAUCCCCCACUCUAGCUCAGCUUCACACUCGUGUUCUGGCCUCUCAACAGCCAUCACAAACUAAACCUGAACCAGAAGUCACUUCUCCACCCCCUGAACAAAAAAAUCCAACUACAUCUGAAAAGCCUCAAACACCACCACCUGCACAACAACCAAAUCCACCUCCUGAACAACCAAUCCACUCACCAUCUGAACCUCAAGCAAAUCCAUAA